ACGGCGACAUCGCAGCAUCGCAUCUAUCCAACCAUCCAUCAAUCCAUCCACCUGUUCCCUUCGACACCCACGACUAUUCGCCCGCCCGCCCCCGCCCGCCCCUCCCUCCCUCCCUCCCUCCCUCCCAUCCUGUCCUGGUGCCACUGUACUGCAUCCCAGGCCUCUCGCGGCGGCGACAGGGUUCUCCAGCAUAGCAUAACCGCGAGCUUAUCUGCGCUUCGUCAAACUCUGGGAUCGUGCGUGCAGCCGCUUCGGCCCUUCCUGUGCUUGCCCACUCACAGCACUCGUCGCGAGCGACGGGACUGCUCCGCCUUGGACCGCGACCCGAGCAAACGUUGCCGGCCGCGUUAUUGACUGACUGCACCCAUCAUCGUAUCGCGAGGAAACAAUCCCAUCGGCACCGGUACCAGCACCAGUACCAGCACCAGCAUCGCCAGCAGCAACAGCCUGCUCAUGCUGCCGCUGUCGCCAGCGCGCUGCCCGAGUAUCUCCAGCCCUUCACCGCCACCGGCGCGCAGGACGACCAGACAUCAGCGCUCCGACCAUUCAGUCCUGUACCACGCCGCCACCAGAUACUCCUCCUAGCCUCAUGCCAGGUAGCGGGAUGUGAUGCUGGCCGUGUCGCAUCGCACCCUCGAAGCCUUGCCUACAAUACAGCCCACGAGGAUGGACGACCAUCCCGGCACCAUCAACCCAGCUGCUCUGAAUGCCCCAGGUAAGUCGCACUCCCUCCACGACCUCCCUUCACCUCGCUGCUCUGCUUUGCUCUGCUCUGCUAUGCCUUCACCCUACCCUACAUACGUACCCUGCCCUGCCGUGCGACGCGUCGCUGCCAUGCGACAGCCAAGUACAAAGCUGCUGUAUUCGCGCAGACGCCGUCGCGACCGUGAACCGCAUCCCGUGCUGACCAUGAGGCUCAACCGCGCGCAGCCUCCACCAUCGCACCCAACCUCCUCUCCCAGCCCAGUCCGCGCGGCAUCAAGCGCAGUCGCUCGCCCGACGUUAACAGCGCUGUCGGUCUAGACGGCGAAGGUGGUACGUUUCCACCAACACAUCCAAAUACCCGUCACUGCAGCUCCGUGUCAGGGCAUCGGUCGCUGCUGCGGUGACCGGGGGGCACGGACGAAGUGAGCUGACGUCUUGCCAACAGAUGACGCCAAGAACAAGCCCAAAAAACUAAAGGCAGAAGAAGCAUCACCCCCCGCCAACAUGUCCCUCGCGACGGCCGCACACCAUCCUGUGCAGACCCCACAGAUCAAGACACAGACUCUGCCUCACGCCUCCCCGAGCCAGGCGUCGCCGCAACGCUCCACUCCCGGCUCCGCCACGAAACCACCCGUCGUCAAAGCGCUGCCCACGGUGAGAGAUCAUACGACAGACCAGCUUAAGCCGGAAGGAGAUGAAUACAUUCCGCGCGAAAUAGACGAGGAUGGAGAGCGGAAGGUCGAUGACGACGGAUAUCCGCUGGGUGGUCGCAAAUACAAGUGCCGCACCUUCAACGUACCCAACCGGGGCGCAAAGCUGUUCAUGCUGGCUACCGAAUGUGCUCGCGUACUAGGAUACCGCGACUCCUAUCUGCUCUUCAACAAGAACAGGUCGUUGUUCAAGAUCAUCGCAAGCCAGGGCGAGAAGGACGACCUCAUUCGCCAGGAGAUACUGCCGUACUCCUACCGGUCGCGCCAGAUAGCCAUCGUGACGGCUCGGUCGAUGUUCAGACAGUUUGGCAGCCGCCUGAUAGAAGGCGGCAGGCGUGUGCGCGACGACUACUGGGAAGCCAAAGCGAGGAAACAGGGUUUCACUGAGGAAGAUCCGGCCGGAGAGAAGCGGCCAGGUGCCGCUAAGGCCAGGGAAGCGGCUGCUGCUGAGGCCAACCACGCAAGUGCGUUGACCUCGUUGCCCCAAGGAGAGAUCAUCUACAGCAACAAUGGACCUGGUAUGGAUGGACAGCCUCCUGGUCUAGGUCCGGUCAGUCUCGCGCCAUUGCCCAUGAUCCAUCUGCCAGCUGAGGAGUUGCGGCCCAACGCUGCUGGUGCUGGCUACAUGCGGCCAAGACAGGAGAUCACUGGUCCUCCAUACUCCGAUCGCAUCCAAUCGAGCAAUCCUUCCGACAUUCUGGCCCAGGCCGGUCAGGCGGCAGAGUACAACAAAGCCUUGAGUACGACCCGCGCGCACCGCGCCAAGUACCUCGAUGACUAUUGGAGACGUCCCCACGAACAACCCGCGACAGAAGCGCCUCCUCCUCCUCAGAGCGAGGCCAACACCGCUGCAUCGCAAAACUUGCAAAGUCCGCAGGCUGUGGCUGGCAUGAAUCAGCACCGAGGCCAACAGGAUUCCAUAUCUCACCCCGGCUCGCAGAUGAUUCCGCCGACCUACUCAGGGUACGCCAAUCAGCAGAAUCCAAUGGCUUCGCCCGUGCAGAACAUGCAUCGAUCAUCCAUACCUUCGGCCUCGAUGCAUCAAGGAUCACCUUCGAUGAGCAUGGGCGCGGCUCCGGGCCACCGCCAAACUCCGUCGUACAGCAGCUACCAGCAGAACCAGAUGUGGCCUCCUCCCCAACCUCAGCCUUCUCCGCUAUCUCAAUCUCAUGUCUCCGGAUACGGCCAGCAGCAACAGCAGCAUCACUCUCAGAUGCCGCCACCACAGAUGCCUCAGCAAUCCAGCAUGGGCUACCCACAGAUGAACCAGAUGAAUCCGGCGUACUCGGGUAUGAAUCGGAGCAUGUACCAGCCGAGCCCAGGACCACAGUUCAACAUGCCCCAAUCCGGAGCAGGCCAGCAGCCUGGCAUGCAAGGCUGGUCGAAUCCGGGCGCUGGCAACAUGCCCAACUACUACCAAUGA